AUGCGGCAGUUCAUAAGGUCACGAAUACUUACGGUGAUAAUCUUCAUAGGAGCUGCCCAUGGAAUACUGGUUGUGGGCCCCAAAUUCAUUCGGGCCAACCAGAAUUACACGGUUGUGAUCAGUAACUUCAACUCGCACCGGAGCAAAGUGGACCUGAUGCUACGAAUCGAAGGUCGCGACGACGAUGGUAGAAAUGUGCUGAACUUAACGAAGACGGUUGAUUUGCGACGAAACACGAACAGGAUGAUCACCUUCAAUAUGCCUGCGGACUUAUCAGCUGGGAAUUACAAAAUCACCAUUGACGGGCAACGUGGCUUUAGCUUUCGCAAGGAGGUCGAGCUGUUUUACCUUAGAAAAACCAUUUCUGGUUUAAUACAGAUCGAAAAGCCUGUGUACAAUCCGGGCGAUGCUGUUAAAUUUCGUGUGAUUGUGCUAGACUCUCAGCUCAAGCCUCCUGCACGGGGAAACUCAAUUAAAAUGACGAUCCGGAAUCCGGAAAACAUUGUGAUCUUGGAAAGGUUAUUACCACAAAUGAGCAAUGGAAUGUUCGAAAGUGUUUUUCAAAUGGGGUCAUCCGCAAUGCUUGGAGUCUGGCACAUCUCGGCACUGGCGGACGGAGAAGAACUCGUAUCAAAGACGUUUGAAAUGAAAGAGUUUUUCUCAUUUGAUGUCGAGGUGAAAUCAUCCAACAUUGCGCUGGAGGAGCAUCGAAGCCUGAAUCUCACGAUAACAGCGAAUUACCACUUUGGAACACCGGUGAAGGGAUUGGCCAAGGUUGAGCUUUAUUUGGAGGAUGAUCAGCUAGCCCAGGAGAAAGAAUUUGAAAUAUGUGGGAUGGGACAGGUUGAGUUGAGAUUCGUCGGCAGAUUGGUGGUGCACGAGUUUCACCAAGAUGUGCUCGUAAAGACGACAUUCAUCGACCAAUAUACAAAUCACACUGUUGUGAAACAUUCAUACAUUACAGUGCACAAAUACAAAUAUAUUGUUGAAUUGAUUAAGGAAAAACCACAAUUUCGCCCAGGACUUCCAUUUAAGUGUGCGCUUCAGUUCCGAUACCACGACGGAACACCUGCUAAAGGCAUCACCGGGAAGGUGGAAGUAAUGGAAAUCGGUUACGAAACAACUGCCACUAGUGACGACGAGGGUUUGAUCAAACUAGAGCUCAAUCCAAGUGACAAUGUAGACGACAUGAACAUUAACUUUUCGGACGAUGACAUCGGAUUUUUCUUCGAAGAAAGAGUGGAAAAAGUGGACGUCGUGACGAAUGCGUACCUCAAAUUGGAACUCAAGUCUCCUGUUAAAUUGAAUCGAAUGUUUCUAUUCACGGUAACGUGCAACGAACGCAUGUCAUUCUUCGUGUUCUACGUAGUGUCGAAGGGCAAUAUCAUUGAUUCCGGUUACAUGAGACUGAACUGGCAGAUCAGAUAUUCCUUAAAUUUGAACGCCACCGAGAAUAUGAUACCAAAGGCGAAACUUAUCGUAGCGACUGUAGUGAGUAGUACAUUAGUAUUCGAUUUUGUGGACAUCGAAUUCAAGGAUCUUCCAUAUGUUCCAUAUUAUAAUAGCCUGAAGGAACUCCAAGUCAAAUCGAGACAGCAAAUCAAACUACUCAUGCCCGGACGGUCGAGCGCUUACUACAAGAACAGCCAUGAGCUGCUCUGGGAGGAUAUUAUGCCACUGCAUAAUGAACUCAAUGAGUUCGAAGAAAAUGAGUUUGACAUUUUUAUGCCGAUCAAAACCAACCCAUCCACUGGGCGCACCACGCUAAGCACGUGCUCUCGUGAAACUGCGGAACGAUCGAGUGCCACGGCCCGGCCAUCGUUACGUGCAGUUAACUACGAGUCGAUUAUGAAACGAUGCCUUGCGGCGACAGCACCGCACCGAAGCUUUGCACGCCGUAUCGACGGAUCGCAGUACACAUCACACCAGCGAACAGCCUCGGGAAGCAAUUUCGAUUCUCCAUCGUUUAGCGACCGAGCACUGCAGGAAGCUGGAUAG